CUCGUUCUCCUGCCUCGCUUUCCCGGUAUCCCCAGUUCUCCACUACUCUGCCCUAGUGCCCUUCUAGAUUCCAAAACCAACCACGCGGUUGGCACGGCAACGCUCCGGCGACAGUCGUCAAGAAAAGGAGAUCGGACGCCUCGAUCCAACAAACCCCGGCCAAACCCCUGCCUCCUCGGCUCCUCCUCCUCUCUUCCCUCCGCCGACGGCCCGGUGCGAUGAUCCAGCUCCUCUUCACGGUGCUCGCAGCGGAGGCUGCCGUGGCGGCGACUCUACUCUUCAAGACGCCGCUGCGGAAGCUUGCCGUGCUCGCGCUCGACCGCCUCAAGCGGGGGCGCGGGCCCGUCAUGGUGCGCACCGUGGCGGCCACUGUCCUCGUCGUGCUCGCGUCCAGCCUCCACAGCAUGGCCCAGAUCCGCGGCCGCGCAGAGGGGGAGCUCGACGGCGCCGGGGUCGUGGGUCUCACCCCCACCGACCAAGUCCUCCUCGCGCGCCACCUCCUCGAGGCCUCGCUCAUGGGAUACUCCUUAUUCCUUGCUCUAAUCAUUGACCGGCUCCACAACUAUGUCAAAGAUAUUCGAAGGCUCAAGAAGAACCUGGAGGCUGUAUCAAAACAGAAUAAGACUAUGCUAGAGGCAGCAACCCAUGGAAAGUCGGAAGAGAGUGAGCCUGACCAGAAGGACAUUUCUGGUGCCAAACUGGAUACCUAAGUAUGUCAUUUGAUUGGGCAUCCACACAAAGACUCCUGGCGUCCUAGUCGGUUAUUGGUAAUCUCCCAUCCAAGAAAUGAGAAUUGACAUCUGUACAUAAGAGCUCGGCUUUAAUGUGCUGGAACACAGAUUCACGUUGAACCUCUUAGAGCUAGGCAUCUAGCCUAGCACUGAAUGAUGUCCCUCUGUGAAUACCUGAUGCUACAGCUAUUAAACCAAAUGUUAACCGUGUAGUCGUCAUGUAAUCAACUUUCAGAAUGAUACCAUUGGUAUCGUUCUUAUUUUAGCUGCCAGUCAGAGGAAUGAUUUUCUUUUUCAAACUA